CGGCAGCUUGAACAACGACAGAACCAGCAGAAGCAGAACUACGACAAAUCAACCAAACCAUUACCACCACUUGAAAUUGGAGAAAACAUCCACCUACGCCAGGACAGUAUCUGGGUACCGGCCACCGUAUCUGGACUGGCCCCUGCCCCAAGAUCGUAUAUCGUCACAACAUCAGAUGGACAACAAUACAGACGGAACCGUCGUGACCUUUUAAAGACUAACAUUCCGCCUUCAACCAUAAUAGAGCAAACUGAGGAUGUUGGUGAAGAACAACCGACCAUUAUUCCACAACCACCAGAUUUAGACCUCCAGAACCCACCUAAUCAGGGACGACCAAUGAGAACCACAGCGCUACCAGUAAAAUACAGAGACUAUGUCAUGAAAUGA